AUGGCUCCUCCAGCCAUCCCCGAGCCGCAACCGGCCACAACAUCCAGGCCGCAGCAGAACCUGCGCAAUCCUCUCCCACUGUCUCCGUCUCAGGAAGCCGAAGUCCGCAAACUAUACUACGCCCGUGUCCGUUCGAGAUGUGUACCCGAGAUCAAAGAAUUCGCCGAUUGCGCUCGCGGUCGGACAGUCAGUGUAGCAUGGAAUUGUCGACCCCAACAACUCGCGAUGAACAGCUGUAUGAUUCAAGCCGCGACAAAGGCGGAAGAAGACGCCGCCCGAGAAGAGUGGUUUGCCGGCGUGCUUGAACGACGGAAACAACGGGAGGAAGAAAUGGCCGCCGUGGAGAAGAGGAGGCUAGAAGUCAUUGAGAUGACGAGAAAACAAGAGGAGAAGGAACGGCUGGAAAUGGAGAAGAAGAUGGCAGAAGAGAAGCAGCAACAAACGAAGAAGACUGCUGGUUCGUGGUGGCGGUGA